GGUUAAUAAUUCUAAUUGAAAAAGGCAAUUUGUAUGCGGCGGGCAAAGGGAGACCAAAGGCAGCUCCGACAGACAAAAGCACUCAAUAUAAUUAAAUUGUCGACGGACCACCCAGCGCCAAUAGUUCCACCACCUGAACCGCCGAUUGCAGUAAUCGUUUAGAAAUGCCACGACUGUUCAGUACACGGCGCCUCUUCCUGGGCGGAAAGAAUGCAAUUUAUCUGCUUAUCCUGGGCACUAUGUUCUAUACGCUAAUGUUGCACCUGCCAGGGAACUCGAAACCUCGAGAAGUCGUCGAAAGCUAUGGUCCGCCGCCCUCUAGGAUUUUUUGCAUUAUCUCAACCUAUGCAUAUCGCCACGAAAAUGCCGCAAUUCACAUCCAUCGGACUUGGGUCAGGCACUGCGAUCACUAUCUUUUCGUCAGCGAUGACAUUAAUCACUACUUGGAACCGGCGGUAUUUAUGCAUAUGAAUGACAAAUGGCACCGAAUGAGAGCCUAUCUGGAGUACGUCUACAAGUAUCACUUCCAUCAGGGGGACUGGUUCCUCUACUGCAACGACGAUAAUUUUGUAGUCGUGGAAAAUCUUCGUCACAUGUUAAAGACAUAUAGUCCCAAAGAGCUCAUCUAUUUUGGAUGCAAGCUGCGAACACCCAAUGGUCUGGUAUUUAUGCUAGAAGGUUCCGGGAUUGUCUUCAGUGCAGCUGCUCUUAAGCGAUUUGCACUCAUGGCCCUGACCAACGAAAGUAUUUGCAGUUCGGAGACAAAAGGAAAUGAUUUCACUAAGGAACUGGGUCGAUGUCUUACAAAUGUCAAUGUGAUAGCCGGGGAUAGUCGCGAUGAGUUUCAGAGACAUCGAUUCCUGCCUUUCGAAGCGGAUUUGCAUUUGGGAUCAGCUAUGAAUGAAUCCUUAGAACACCACAAGUAUUUUCUGGAUCAUUCAUACUAUCCAGUUAAAGAUAUGAACUUGCCGGUCUCUUUGCAUUCAAUAUGCUUUCAUGUUCAGUAUAUUCUCAACAUUUAUGAUCUGUACUACUUUGCAUAUAAAACUAGUGUUUUUGGAGUGCCGCUCAACUUGGGCUUUGAAAAUGAAAGGAUGGGACUUGAAAAUAAAACUGCAUGA